CAAUUUCCCCUAUCUCUCGCAUAUUAAUAUUAUUAAAGUGACAGCGAACAUCAAUCAUUAUAAUAUUUCAGUACCUAAUCCUACCUACCUUAGUUUGUUAGUUCGAUUAGUCCGCGUAGCUUUAGUGAUUUUGUUAAAUAUAUAUCCCUUUAGUAGAUCCUUCUGUACUUUCCUACCUUCUGUGAUUUGAAAACCAAUCGAAGAGAAAAAAAAUUAUUUCGGGGUGUUGUCCCUUUUGUCGUCGUAAAAUCUUCAGCGAAAAGCAAGCAAAUAUGGCAACAAAGAAUUGGUCCAGUCCUUCCGCAAAAUAUGUUACCAACGAAAUGUUAGCGCCAUUCACAACAGGCUCGUCCAUGCCAACAUCACAGAUUGAAAUGACGCUAAGUUGUCGUAAUCUGAUGAACACCGACUAUCUAUCCAAAUCCGAUCCGUACUGCAUCGUUUCAAUGAAGGAUUCGCAUCAGGAUCGUUAUUUCGAGGUGGGCCGUACCGAACGCAUCGACGACAAUUUGAAUCCGGAAUGGGUGAAGAAAUUCAUUCUCAACUACAAUUUCGAGACAGUGCAAAAGAUUAAAUUCGAAGUGUGGGAUGUGGAUCCGGACGGGCAAGACUUUCUGGGACAGUUGGAAACGACACUCGCUGAUAUUGUUUCAUUUUCGGGACGACAAUUCGUUGGCAAUUUGACGGGCAUACCAGGACGGAGUCUCGGUCAGGUGGUUGUUGUGACAGAGGAAGUGGCUAGUUGUAAGCAAAUCGUUCGGAUUAAAUUUGGUGCCAAAAAUUUGACCAAAUUGGCCUGGCUCAGUAGCAACGAUCCGUUUUUGGUGAUAUCUCGUUCGAACGAAGAUGGAUCCGCUUCAGUGGUUUACAAAACGGAAAUGCGUCACGGAACGCAAAAUCCAAACUGGCAACCAUUCACGAUGAGAGUAACGACGUUGUGUAACGGAGACUACGAUCGAAACAUUAAAAUUGAUUGCUACGACAAUCGACGGAAUGGAAAUCACAAACUGAUCGGAAGUACGAACACAUGUUUACGCAGCUUGCACGACAGCAAUGCCUCGACAGUUAUGAACUUCACCAAUCCAACUUCAGGCGGAAAGAACUGUGGUGUAUUGAACGUUGAAUCGAUUCAAAUGAUGGAAGAGGUUUCCUUCUUGGAUUACAUUGGACAUGGAACUCAAAUGCAUUUCGCUGUUGCUAUCGACUUUACCGCUUCUAAUGGUGCACCAAGUGAUCCCACAUCCCUUCAUUUCAUCAAUCCACAUCGGCCGAACAGCUACGAAAUUGCUCUGAGAAGCGUUGGAAAUAUUAUCGAGCACUACGACAAAUCGCAACUGUUCCCAGCUUUCGGAUUCGGAGCCAAAUUACCACCAACUGGAAAUGUGUCUCAUCAAUUCCCACUGAACAACAAUCCAUCGCAUCCGUACUGCAAAAACGUUGAGGAAAUUCGUACCCACUACUUGAAUCGCCUGUACGAAGUGCAACUCUACGGACCAACGAAUUUCGCUCCGGUCAUCAACAACACCAUUUCCAUUGCUAGUCAAUACCAAGACGGUAAACACUACUUCGUUCUGCUGAUCAUCACCGACGGCAUCAUCUCCGACAUGCAUCAAACGAAACAUGCAAUCGUCAGCGCAUCCUCACUGCCAAUUUCAAUAAUCAUCGUCGGUGUGGGUAACGCCGAUUUCGACGCAAUGGACGAAUUGGAUUCGGAUGAUGUUCGACUGAUGGUGGACGGUCGGUAUGCUGAACGCGAUAUCGUGCAGUUCGUUCCGUUGAACCAAUUUAUAUCGAAAAAUGGUCCGUUCAUCAAGUCGCAAGUGGACUUGGCUAAGGCAGUUCUGGAGGAGAUUCCCGAUCAGUUGACCGGUUUCAUGAGAUCGCGCGGUUUCAAACCGGACAUGAAGUCGGAACAGAUGCCGCAGGACGCAUCGAAGCUGGUGCCCACAGCGCCUAUGGUAUAAGAGUAUAAGUCAAUAUGGUAAAAUGCCGCGCUUGACAGUGUUUCGUGUAAAGACAAAUUUUCAAAGACAAUACGGGAUUGUUAUCAAGUCUAUUGGACAAUUUAGAAAAUACUUAAUCUGUAUGUUGAAUGUUGAUGUUGAAACUAGUCCGUUUGUAAGUGAUUUCCCAUUUUUUAUUGUUGUUAGUCUUGUAGCAAAAAAAAAAAAUCUGAUGAACCGAAAUCGGCCAUGAUCCGGAAUCAUGAUCGAAUUUUGUCAUAAUUCUAUAUACAAAACAAUCUACCAUUCUCAGUCGAGAUGGAUGUUAUUCACAAAUCAAUCGUUCAAUUAUUGCAAAGCUUAUGAAUCUUAAUUAACAGAAAUCGAAUGUUAACAGAAACAAAUUGAUAUUUUUUGUCACAGAUAUUUACUCAAAGAAGUGUUCCUAUAUAUGGUGCGGGUUUAUAUGACGAUACGUAUAAAACUUCUUUGUAUUUACUUUACACAUAAAAUAUAUUUUUUUGUCUAUUCACAAUAUUACGUAUGGACAU